GGCUGACAUUUGGUCAUUUGGAAUAACUGCUCUGGAGUUGGCUCAUGGUCAUGCGCCAUUUUCAAAAUACCCACCAAUGAAGGUUCUCUUGAUGACCAUGCAGAAUGCCCCUCCUGGACUUGAUGAUGACCGAGAUAGAAGGUUCUCUAAGCUGUGAACAGUCUUUCAAAGAAAUGGUUGCAAAGUGCUUGGUCAAAGAUCAAACAAAGAGGCCUACUGCAGAAAAAUUAUUAAAACACUCUUUUUUCAAGCAUGCUACUCCUCCGGGGCUCUCUGUAAACGAACUCUUUACUGACUUGCCACCACUAUGGAAUCGUGUAAGAGAUCUUCAGCAUAAAGAUGCUGCACAACUAGCUCUGAAAAAAAUGCCUUCAACAGAAAAAGAAGCAAUAUCACAGAGUGAGUAUCAGCGAGGUGUUAGUGCGUGGAAUUUCGAUAUUGAGGAUCUAAAAGCCCAAGCAUCCCAGGUUCAAGAUGACGAUGAAAUACAAGAAAUUGGGGAAGAAGAUGAGAGCACGGAAUCAUUUGUCAAUCCUACGGAUGCAUCAAAUUCCAGAUGUACAUUAAGGAGAUCAAAAUAUACAAAUGGCAUUGUUUUCAGAUUUAGUGAAAAAGUAAGGGGUGAUGAAGUAACCCCAGUCGAGUGCCUGAGCAAGAAGGAAAAAGUUCUGGAAACUAAUGAUUUGGUGGACUUCGACAAUCAAUGGAAAAAUGAUCUGCAUAAAAAUGGAUCCAAAAAUGAGCCAUCUACGUCAGAGAAGGAAGCAGUACAGGCCCAAUUUGGAACUCCAACAGAGAAAAGCCACCGACCUCUGAGUGGGCCUCUCAUGCCUGGUGUCAUCCUAAGUCAUUCAAUGUCUGAAAGGGGGCACAUCUUAGAGAGGUGUGACAUUGAUAAACAGACUCACUGUGACAUACGAAGAGUGCCCAGCUUUAGUGGCCCUUUGAUGCUCCCAAAGCGAGCUUCAGGAAACAGUUUAUCUGCUCCCAUAAAAUUAUCAGGAAUUAGAGAUUCUUCGGAGGAUAAAUCAAUGGCCAAUCUUGUACAAAUUAGAGGGCGGUUCUCAGUAACAUCAGAAAAUGUAGAUCUUGUAAAGGGCUCGCCACUAAUGAAGUCCGCUAGUGUGGGAGACUGGGUAUUUGAAUCUAAACACAUGCCUAUCGGUGACUCACUGAAAGAAAUUGGUACCAGUAAUGUGCCUGCAUCAAUUCUCGUGCCCUACCUUCAAAACCUUUUUCAGCAGACAUCAAUUCAACAAGAUCUCAUUAUGAAUCUGUUCAAUAGCUUGCAACCUUCUGAGAUAUUAGAUGCUUCUCAAAAUGGAAAGUUGCUUCCAUUACCUCGAAGUUCUGAAAAUAAUGGAACUUCACUUGUCAAAUGUGCAGUACCCUUGCUUAAGAUGCUGUCUUUGAGUGAUUCUGCUUGUUGCUGUGGGGGGGAGGAACCUAACAGAACUGUUGAUCUUGUUCCUUUUGCCUUGUUAUGGUUCACCACAAACAGAACUGUGGAUCUUUACUGCUGGAAAGUUGAAACAAUGGUCUCUGAAAGGGAACAUCUACUCCUUACCAAGAUUUCAGAGCUUCAAGCUAGGAUGAUCAACUUGACAUAUGAAUUAUGA